UUUUUGGUGUGUAUGGUUCUUUAUUUUCGUGUGUGUGUGUUUGUUAAUUGUAUGCCAGUCAAUAAAGUUUCGUCAAAAAACAACAUGGAGGUCGGAUGAUAUUUGGGCGCGUGUCCGCGCGUGUCGGUUUAAUUUUGGGUGUUGACAGUCAGCGGAAAUCAUCCUCCUCUUUCUCUCUCCGUCAUGGCUCCGACCUCCGGCUCCUCCACCGGCCGCCGCUGCAAACAUUAACCCGCCUUUCCGUCACUGAUUCACCGAUCCGGAGGAGACAUGCUCGCCCUGAGACAUUUGGUCCUCCGGUCCCCGCCGGUCCCGCUCGGUGUCUGGCAGCAGUCCCGGUGCAGCAGCAGCGGCGGCGGCGGCCCGGGCCCUGCGGGCCGGCUCGGCCUGAAGCGGUUCAGCACCGCGGAGGCCCCGGUGGAGAGCCGAGACCCGGGCACGAUGAGGGGGAAGACGCUGACCAUGGACACCCUGAACCCGCAGGUGAAGGCGGUGGAGUACGCGGUGAGAGGGCCCAUCGUGAUCCGGGCCGGGGACAUCGAGAGGCGGCUGCAGCAGGUCAGUGACACCGCGGGGGACAAAACAGCUGAUUGAUUGUUUUUGAAUAUUUGAAGGCUGAAAUAAUCCGGUU